UCUGCCAUUAAACGCUCGCAGUCUGCAGGUGGCGGACGGACACUCGCGGGUCAGCUGACCGUCGGCCGUCACGCGGCAUAAAAGACCGCGGACUCGGACACUUCAGGAGAAACUUUGCGGCCCUCACGGUCCCUUCACCGGCGACCUCGCCCUUUACUGUACUCUUAUUUUGGGGGUAGGAGAGUAGCUGAGCUGGAGAGUAUGCUGUUUUGGCACAGUCAUCCUGAAAACUACCAACAGCACGCGCAAAACACUUACAUGAGAGAUGCUCUUGCUCCGUUUCUCAAGCAUGAAGAAGAACAUCAGGCUGCAGAGAUCGGAGCAUCUCCUUUUCAUUAUGUGCUUUGUGCAGCCACUUCUCCAGCUGUGAAACUCCAUGAUGAAACACUCACAUAUCUUAAUCAAGGUCAGUCCUAUGAAAUCCGUAUGCUUAACAGGAAGCUGGUGGAGUAUACAGAUGUAAGCAGCAAAUAUGUAAAGAGCAUUGUGCGUGUUGUUUUUCAUGACCGACGGCUGCAAUACACAGAGCAUCAGCAGCUGGAGGGAUGGAGGUGGAACCGACCAGGAGACAGAAUUCUGGAUAUAGAUAUCCCACUGUCAGUGGGCAUAAUAGAGCCUCACGCUCACCCACUCCAGCUCAACACCAUAGAAUUCCUCUGGGAUCCUGACAAAAAUGCCUCUGUCUUCAUUCAGGUAAAUUGCAUUAGCACAGAGUUCACUCCGAGAAAACACGGUGGAGAGAAAGGUGUCCCUUUUCGGAUUCAGAUUGACACCUUCACAGCCAGUGCACAUGGAGAAUACACUGAACACAUGUGCUCCGCCAGCUGCCAGGUCAAAGUCUUCAAGCCAAAGGGUGCAGAUCGCAAGCUCAAGACUGACAGAGAGAAGAUCGAGAAACGGAGUCCUCAAGAUAAAGAAAAAUACCAACUGUCCUAUAAAACAACUGUGUUGACUGAGUGCUCCCCUUGGCCUGAAGCCCCAUCUAUCAGCAGCACGAGCAACACUCCAUCACCUGCUUAUCACAGCGCUCACACUUCCUACAGCUUUCCAGAGGAAAACUGCUCUCCAGACCAGCAGGGGGAGCUACUUCUGCCCAUCUGCUCUGAUCACCUGUUGCCAUCGUCCUCCACACAGGACACGCAGCAGUGGCUUCAUCGUAACAGGUUCUCCUCUUUCUGCAGGCUCUUCUCUGGCUUCUCAGGUUCCGAUCUGCUAAAAAUGGGUCGAGAAGACUUCAUUCAGAUCUGUGGUCCUGCUGACGGCAUUCGUCUUUUCAAUGCAAUCAAAGGAAGGUGCAUCCAGCCGCGUCUCACUGUCUAUGUCUCCCAGCUGCAGAACAGGAUCCAGCCGCACACAAAAGCAGUGGGUGAUGGCGUCUACCAUGCACUCUACCUAGAGGACCUAACUGUCCUUGAGCUCACUGAGAAGAUAGCCAAUCUAUAUAAUGUUCCCUCACAGCAAAUACAUGGUGUAUAUAGACAAGGGCCGAAGGGGAUCUAUGUCUUGGUUUCAGAUGAGAUGGUGCAGAACUUUACAGAGGAGACGAGCUUCACUAUCAGCACUGUAAAAGAUGAAAGGAAUGAAGGAUAUCAUGUUGUCCUGAAGUGACUUGACUGAAGCAUGGUCUGUAGCUUCUCUUCGUAAUACUGGACUGUUUUUCAGCUAAAUAUCACCUGGUGGAAUGUGAAACAAAUGAAUAUGGAUGAUUUUUGUAUGAUGACUGUGCCUCACUAUAAAGAGAGAGAAUCUUCUGGAAGGUUUUACUGGUAACUAAUUAAUAUAUUAAUUGUGUAAGUUAUGCUCUUUUUUUUUUUUUCUUUUUUUUUUUUUUUUUUUACAUAUUUUUGUUUCUAUGUGUUUUAUAGUAAUUGUUUUUAUCAUGUAAAAUUAAAUUCUUGAAUUCUUUUCAAAACAUAAUCUGACGUUUAUUUCCUAUUUUAUAGUUUUCAAAAUAGUAAAAGGUGUGAUUUAUCAUGCAAGUGGCCUUACCAAAAACAAAACUCAACAUUUCAUUUACAUUGCUCUGCAUAUAUAAGUACACCCCUCACUAUACUAUCUUUUAAAUUCAUAUGUUUAGUAGGAAGCUAUACAAUAUUAUAUUUGUGCAUAUACAUUAGAUUAGUCAGUACUGAAGCCAAAUCUGGAGCUAAUCUAACAAAAUAACUCACGAUAAUGAUCCAAAAACUAGUACACCCAAAUACAUGUUAUAGAAAAAUAUUAAAUACAAAUUUUAAAGAAGGGGGAAAUCAAGAGAAGCAGAAAAAAUAAAAAAUAUAGUUGAAAUUUUGCAGUUUGUAAUUGUUUUGCUUGAAUUUAAUUGUAUUAUCUUUCAAUUUCUAAAUAUGUUCUGUGACUAAAAUAUUAUUUUAAUAAAUCUAUCGUUUUUGUUUAAAAUACAUUGUCUAUAUUCACUGAGAAAUGGACAAAAAUAUUCAUUUUCAAAAUGAGGUGUACUCUACGCUGAGCUCUGUAAAUAUGCGUAUAUUGAAUUUUUUUGUAUGUCAUUUGUUUCUUAAAAAACACUUAAAAUGUAGCAUUUUAAAAUGUUGAUAGUCACCUCUAACUAGAAAUAAUCUCUGUUUCAUAUUGGACUGGUUCUGUUGAUCAGAAUGAGGAUAUUUAAAUAAAAGUCUUUGCUCAGGA